GAAGUGUCACACUUUGAGAGGACGAUGUUGAAUGGCUGAGGGCAGAACAACGAGAAACAGGCCUCACAUGCUUGAGGCUGAGCAGUUUGCCGGAACAAGUCAACAUCGAGUCUGCGAGGUUUGUGAUUGCGAUCUGUCUGUGUGAGAAGUGACAACGAAAUCGACCAGCCACUCUACUAUUUUCACAAUCGAACAAUAUGGCUUCGGAUGCUCAACCGCCCACACUUCUCGCUCUAGCCCAGAAUGUUAAUGCACUCGUCUCCGAUAUUGUCGCCCACUUGUCCGCUACGAAUCAACCCGAGCCGAACUUCACAACGACCUCGACUGAGAUUCAGCAAGAUGCGCAUUACAUAGCGCUGCGAGACGCCCUCAAUGACUCAGCUUCUGAUCUACUCCAGCUCGUUAAUGGACCGAAGCAACAUCUCCGUAGAUAUCUCUGUACGCACAAUGACCUAGCUGCGUAUCAGAUUGCGGUCAAUCACUCAUACUUCCAACAUGUUCCCGAGGACAAGCCCAUAUCGCUCUCCGAGUUGGCGAGCAAAGCAAAUCUCAGCGAGGACAUCGUUGGCCGAACAAUGCGCGUCCUCUGUAUCCAGCGAGUCUUUUCCGAGCCCGAGCCAAACGUCUUCGCACACACAGCCGGCAGCAUUCUCUUUGCGCGCGAUGAAGAUCUCCGCGCAGCCGCUGCCUAUCAGUUGGACGAGCUUUUCGAAGCCGCCAGUGCCUCCGCAUCGAGCUUAGGAACGGGGAGGAAUCCCUUCCAGCAACGGCACGGUGUCAGUAUGUUCGAAUUCUACGCGCAACAUCCGGACCGCGCAGCUAGAUUUGCAAAGGCAAUGGCGGGUAUCGUGAAGAUCGACCGGCAAAUCUCCGAGCUCGUGACUGGGUUUCCGUGGGAGCAGCUUGGAGGCGGCAAGGUUGUUGAUGUAGGAGGAGGGAGUGGACAUGUCAGUAUAGCGUUAGCCAGGGCGCAUGCGAACCUCAACAUCGUCGUGCAAGACGCCAACCCCCAGAUGCUCGCGCAAGCAAAGCAUCUUGAUCUGAGUGACCUCAACGGGCGAGUCACUUUCAUGCAGCAUAACUUCUUCGAGGUCCAGCCUGUCACUAAUGCCAGCGCCUAUUUUAUCCGUCAGUGCCUACACAAUUGGGACGACGAGAAAUGCGUCACUAUUCUGAGGGCUCUGGUGCCGGCCUUGGAGAAGUGCAAGCCCGGCACACCGUUGCUCAUAAAUGACACGAUCAUGCCGGGCCAUGCGACUGAUAGCAGAUAUCACGAGCACGGAUUGAGGCAGAUUGAUAUGAUGAUGUUUGUGGCAUUGGGAGCUAAGCAGCGCAGUGAAGAAGAGUUUAGGACUCUGUUGCGGACCGCCGAUGCACGGUUAGAGAUCGUGAAGGUCCACAGCGAAGGGACUAUGGGGCUAUUAGAGGUACAUUUGAAGCGGGAGGAAUAGCCCAGCUAUGCCGGUUGCGUUGUCCGAGAGACUUGGACCUGAACAAGCCAUAUGUACCGAUCUAUGCAAAUGUAAAAGGAAAAGAAAAAGACGAAGGAAGACUGCUAGCCAGUAUCGGGCAUUGGGCAAUCGUCAUGAAGCGUGGCCAUUCUUGAGCACUUGCUGCGGUUUUCCACCUCCUAUUAAACACCUCGCUGCGCUCCUUCGCACAUAGGUAGGUUGGAAUUUUUGUUCAGCGCAACUCAAUUGGCUGCUACGCAGUAUAUCGGUAGUUGGAGUUUCU